UGAAGAUGCAGCCACCGCCUCCGUGUCGUCUUCCUCGUCAGCACGCAGCAGUCAGGUCACCACCAACAGCAACAGCAGUAGUGCCGUCGCGUUGUCUCCCACUCCCAAGUCCCAACUCCCACCUCCCCCGCCCGCCGUUCAAAUCUCCCUAGCCUCCCGAAGUAGGCAAGUAGCCCUCCCUGUUCCAUCGAACCCAGCAGAGCAGCCAGCCGAACAACGAAGCAUGCCGUCGAAGCCGAACGCCGCGUCGCGCCUCGUCUUCCUCGCUUUCCUCCUCGUCAUCAGCGCCGCCGCGGCCAACGAUGACGCCGCGGCGCGGCGGACGAUGGAGCAGUUCGCCGGCUUCCCCGCCUCCGACGACGGCGAGGGCCCUUCCAGCGACUUCCACGUCGACUCCGAGGGCCUCCAGCGUCAGAUCGAUGAACUGGCCUCGUUCUCCGACUCGCCCGCGCCGUCCGUGACCCGCGUUCUGUACACCGACAAGGAUGUGCAGGCUCGAAGGUAUAUAAAAGGGAUAAUGAAUCAACUUGGCCUUGUUGUUCGAGAAGAUGCUGUUGGUAACAUAUUUGGCCGCUGGGAGGGUUCCGAGCCUGGACUAGGAGCAGUUGCAACUGGAUCUCAUGUUGAUGCCAUUCCAUUCUCAGGCAAAUUUGAUGGUGUUGUUGGAGUUCUGGGUGCUCUUGAGGCAAUUAGUUUGCUGAAAAGGUCUGCUUUCCUGCCAAAAAGAUCUUUGGAGGUUAUUAUGUUUACAUCAGAGGAGCCUACACGAUUUGGAAUUAGCUGCUUGGGAAGCCGCUUAAUGGCAGGGAUUGAAGAACUUGCUCAAUCCCUCCGAAAAGUAGUUGACAAUCAGAAUGUGUCAUUUUUGGAUGCUGCAGAAUCUGCUGGCUAUAAGUUGAAUCUAGAGGACCUGCAUAGCGUAUUUUUAAAGACAGACAAAUACUCUGCUUUUAUAGAACUGCACAUUGAGCAGGGUCCCAUCUUAGAAAAGGAGGGUAUCCCUAUUGGCAUUGUUACUGCAAUUGCUGCUCCUGCAAGUCUUAAGGUGGACUUUGAAGGGAAUGGCGGUCAUGCUGGAGCAGUGCUGAUGCCUGCAAGAAAUGAUGCUGGACUGGCAGCAGCUGAAUUAGCAUUAGCAGUCGAGAAACAUGUCCUGGAAUCAGGAUCAAUUGAUACGGUUGGCACCGUUGGUAUUCUGCAGUUACAUCCAGGAGCAAUCAAUAGCAUCCCAAGCAAAUCACACCUAGAAAUUGAUGUAAGAGAUAUUGAUGAGAAGAGAAGGAAUGAUGUCAUUGAGAAGAUUCGCCAGUCUGCAGCACAUAUUUCAAAGAACCGUGGAGUAGAGCUUUCAGAAUUUAAGAUCAUCAACCAGGACCCACCUGCUCUAUCUGACAAAUCAGUCGUUGACGCAAUGGAAUUUGCUGCAAAACAGUUAAACCUGGCAUACAAAAAGAUGAUUAGCAGAGCCUACCACGAUUCACUCUUCAUGGCCAGAGUAUCACCAAUGGGUAUGAUCUUCAUUCCCUGUUACAAAGGUUACAGCCACAAGCCGGAGGAGUAUGCAUCACCCGAGGACAUGGCGAAUGGGGUGAAGGUCCUAGCCUUGACAAUGGCUACGCUGUCGCUGGAGUGACUUGUUAGCGUUUGGAGGAAUCAAGUCAGCCCGUGCCAAAAAGGCAAAAACAAACACCUGUGUUAUUUCUAAUAAUAAGCUGCAUAGCAUUGGCGUCAUCUUCCCUGCACCAGGCCUGUAUACAAACCAUCAUUCAUCAGGGUUUAGGAAUAAAGUUGUCAUCUGUAUCUGUAUGAUCUGGACAAUGAUUUUCUAGCUUGAUCAUAUUGAUAUAUAGUAGUGAUUUUCU